UAAAAUGAAAUGUAAAAGUGGUCGCGAGUAUUUUCUAUUCUCAUUUCGAAUCGAAGAUGCCUCCUCAAGCCUCUGGUAAAGCUGUGAAAAAGGCCGGAAAGGCCCAAAAGGCUGUUCGUGCCGGUGAUAAGAAAAAACGCAAGAAGCGUAGGAAGGAAUCUUUCGCUAUUUACAUCUACAAAGUCUUGAAACAGGUCCAUCCUGAUACCGGUAUUUCCAGCAAAGCCAUGUCAAUCAUGAACUCUUUCGUGAAUGACAUUUUCGAACGUAUCGCAGCCGAAUCUUCCCGAUUAGCUCACUACAACAAAAGGAGCACAAUUACCAGUCGGGAAAUUCAAACAGCUGUGAGGCUUUUGUUGCCUGGCGAAUUGGCCAAGCACGCUGUUUCCGAAGGAACCAAAGCUGUCACCAAGUACACUAGCUCCAAGUAAAAAGUUCAAAUCCCUCGAACCAAAAAAAAAAAAGGCCCUUUUAAGGGCCAUCACAUGUUGUCAAACACUGUUUUGUUUGCAAAGAAAGAAUAUUUAUCACAAUAAUAUUAAAAAAAUAUAU